AUGAAGUAUAUGUUAGGGUAGCUAGCUCGUCAUUUAACAACUAUGAUUUACAAACCCUAGAUGGCUUCUAUUUUUUAAAUCUCAGUCAAACCCAACUAAUUACUAAUUAAAUAAUAACUUGAUUAAGUAUAUGGACUUGUCUCUUAGACAAAUAAUUUAAAAAAAAAAAAAAAAACAUGCUAGCUAUUUAAUUAAGCGACUGUUAGCCCAGGUAGCUUCCACUAGUAUAAGAAACCGUGCCAAAUUAGCCAACUAUAGCUAGACAUUUCUGAAUAUCUCUUCUCAGUUCUCACUCUCACUUAUUUUAUAACCUUAGUACAGCAGUAUAUGAAAUCAUAUUUUCACAAAAACUAUAUAAUAUACUCAUUUAUGGGGAGUAGAGCAGUAAUGAAAUUAUAAAACCCAAAACCCUAGGUUUUGAAUGUUGCCAAUUUAAUUAAUUAAUUGGCCACCAGGACAAACCCUAGCUCCUCGUUGCAUGCAUGGCGGCAGACAGGCGCUGAACACUCAUAUCUUCCAUUCCACGCCAUCAUGCUCCUUUUUCCUAACAAUUUUAAGCAAACCCACAAAAAGUACUAUACAAUAUACUUUUCUUAUAAAUUCAAUUUUUCAUCAAUUUAAAGGUUUGAACGGUAUUGCUUUUAGUUAUAUAUUGAGUUUCCCUAAGUAUGUGCACCCACAUGUUUAUUAUUCUAUACAAAGAAAGAUGGAGACCCUAGCUUUGACCUGGUUUUGGACUCUAUAAAGACCCUCUUACCUCCUUCAAGAUGAUUCCUCUCUUUUAUAAUUAAUUAACAAGAAGUUCAACAUACCCAAAAGAAGAAAAGGAAUUAAGAAGACAAUGGUGUCCACAAGGUUGAGCGGCUUUCUACUAGUGUUCAUUAUGUUACAUGUAAGAAACUCAACUGCCCUAAUUACCCACCAAGGUAAGGAGAAAGCAAUAGUUGCCAAGGAAGAUGUGCUUGCAGUAGCAAAAAGCAGUUUGAUAAAUGCUCAUGCUACCAUGGCCGAUGAAGUUAGUAAUACAAAGCUUGGAGGAAGGAAAAUGAUGUUGAAAAUGUUGUUGAAGAAAGAUGAAGUUUUGAACACGGAUGACACUAAGAUUUCAGGUGCAGCUAAUUUUGAAGAUAGUUGUAAGAAAGGAAUUCUGCGUGGAAACUGUAAAUUGAUGAGUAAUAGGAUAAGCUCUCAUCCUUUGAAUGAUAGAAUGGUCGGCUUUACAACAUUCAGCGCUGAUUAUCAUGUGCCCAAAUCUCACCCUCCUAAGAAUAAUCGGUGAGGAAGACAAGACGAGAAGCCCUCAGAAAGAUAGCUUCGUGUUAUCUUUUUCAAUUUUGGUUUAGUUUCGUUUUUUAUUUCGUUAGACUUAUAGGCUUUCUAAUACAAGUGCGGGAAUAUCUUACUUACUUGUAUGUAUGCAAAUAGAGACUCUAACAUUAUAAUUAAAUAGAAUUCCACUUUUCUUUGAAGAUUUAAGAGUUUCUCUGUUUUUCUUUUUUUCUUUUUCUUUUUUUUUUGUUCGUUUUGUUUUGUUUCUCCUAUAGGAUUGGCCAGUAAUUAAACACAUUCAAUUAGGAUUGGAGACGGACCUGUCCUUGCUUGAUAGUCUGUAUUCACCAA